AUGGUUAUCGGAAAUACUCACUGGGACGAGGAGAGCACAGGCAGCGGCAGCAGUCACCGUGCAGGUCCUUUCCAGGCGGUGCAGAAGCCGCAAGGGAGGGGGGUGACGGCGUAUCAUGUGAGCGAGGUGCUGAAGGCUCUGUGGGACGCUGACGCGGGUCUGGCGUUGUUCCGGUGGGCCAAGGAUGUGCAGGGAGUGAAGCCGGACGCGCAUGUGUACUCGAGCCUCUUUGGGCUGCUGGGGCGAUUGAAGAACGCUGAGGGACUGGAGGGGUUGGAGGAGGAGAUGAGGGAGGAUGGGUGCGGGGAGAACGUGAUCACGCUGCAGGCGUUGGCUGCUGCGUACUCGCGUGCGGGGAGGUAUGAGGAGGCGCUAGUGACGCUGGCUGAGAUACAGCAGAAGGAUGAUUCGCUCAGCCCGUUUUCUUUUGGCGUGCGUGUGGAUGUGCUAUACCGCAUGGGGCGCUACCGGGACGUGAUAAAGACCUUUCACAUGAUGCGGGAAGCCGGCUAUGCCCCGGACGCCUUCGUCUACAGCACCGUGCUCACCUGCUACGGGCGCCUGGGGAACAUCAUUGGCGCAGAGCUGGCUUUCAGAGAGAUGCUCUCUCAGGGGAUGCCGCUCAGUGUGUUCUGCGCCAAUAGCCUCAUGGAUGGGUAUGGCCGCGCGGGGUGGGUCGAUGAUGCCAUGGCUGUGUUUGACCGCAUGUGCCUCGCUGCUGUUGCUGCCAGGGGUAGCGAAGGGAGAGAAGGUGAUCAGGAGGGGGUGCCUGGUGCUGCUGGUGCUGGUGCUGGUGCUGGUGCUGGUGCUGGUGCUGGUGCUGGUGCUGUAGCUGCUGUUGCUCCUGAUGCAUCUGGGAGGGCUUUUUUGAAGGCCACAAAUGGCUUGAAAGUUUCUGCUUCUUUUCCUGGAGCGGCAACAGCAGCAGCAGGAGCAAGAGCUACUUGCACCAACGCUGCUGCUGCCGAAGUGGUGAUAGCUGCACCAGCGCACCAUCUCACCGCCACCUCCACCACCACCACCACCACCACCACCACCUCCCGUCCUUCCCCUUCCUCCAUCUGGCCGGGCCCCGACAUAAGCACGUACAGCCUGGCCAUCCACCUCCUCAGCACAGCAGGCAGGUUAUCCGAAGCAGAAGCGACGUUUGAAGCGAUGAUGGUGGCGGGCAUAGAACCAGACAUAGUAGCAUGGUCCACCAUGGUGCAGAUGUGGGCCAAGGAGGCGAAUCCCGAGAGGGCGGCGAUGUGGUUCAGGCGCAUGGCGCUGGCGGGGUGCCGGCCGGAAACCCCGGCGUACAACUCACUCAUUUGGGCGUUUGUGAGCCGCCGCAUGUUUGACGAAGCUGGGGAGGUGCUGAGUGCACUCAAACACGGGUGGGACCUGUUGGGGCCAGGGGAGGGGCAGGACGAGAAUCAAAUCGGUAUUGGUUCAGCUUAUAAGAUGCCCGACAGAACUGGUGGGCAAGUGGAAAGAAGUGGGAGUGAAGGGGCUGCAAAGGUGGCGGAUAAAAGAUGCGAUUCCUCGUCUGGCCUUGCCCCCAACCUCAUGACAUACACCAUGCUGCUGAGCGCCUGCACCGUGUCCAACGACCGCAGCGAGGUGAUGCAGCUCAUGCGCCUCAUGCUGGCCACAGAGCAUCCCGCCCACUCCAUCUUCCAGCUUCUCACAGAGGAUUCGUUUGAGUUGACUCCCAAGACGGUCGAUUCCUUUGAACUGUCUCCCGAGACGGUGGAUUCAUCUGAGUUGACUUCCAAGGUGGCGGUUAAGGAGGCUGGGAAUGGCGUGGAGGGUGACAGGACGUGGGAAGAAAAGGAAAAGGGAACUGCUGAAACGAGAGGGGGUGAGGGGGCAAGGGAGGAGGGUGGUGAUAAGGAAGUGGGGAGGGACGGGGUUGGAGGGGUAACGGUGAGAGGACUGCUGGAGAGGUGUGAGGAGUGGUGGAAUGGGGUGGUGGGUGGGGAUGUUGGGAGUGGUUUGGAGGGUGAAGGUUUGAGGCUAGCAAGGAAAGUGGAACGCGGUGACACGAGGAGAUGGGGAGGGGGAGAAAGUGAGGAGGGUGGUGAUAGAGCGGUAGUUAGGUGUGCAAUUGCAGGGGUGCUGGAGAGGGGAUUGGUGGAUUUGGAGGUUAGGGAAGUGUGGAGGGAGUGUGAGGAGGAGCGGUGGAGGGAGAUAGAGAGGAGGAUGAGGGAAGAUUCCUUCAGCAAGGCGGAUAUGGAGUGCCAGCGUGCCUUUGCUGACUCAUCCAUCUCCUUCUUGCAUAAAUUUGGGCGGCACGAUAGGGCAGCCCGCAUGUGGGACCUGUGUUACACACAGCUGCAGCUGUACCCAAACAGUGUUCGGCUGCCCGCGAUUUACGGGCGGCAUGGAAGGUGUUCGGUGGAUCUGCAUGGCAUGUCGGCAGGGACAGCGGUGACAGUUACCCGAUGGGCGUUGGAGAAGAUGCGGCAGGCUGUGGUGGCCUCCACUGCUUCAGGUAAUUCUUCAGGUGCUUUUGAUUCGUCGCUGGGAGCAUCGAAGUCGACAGUCGCAGGAGAAACUGAUUUCAUGGUGGGGGAUUCAGAAGAGAAAUCAGAGGAUGAUGAAGAGGAAGUCACAUCAAGUAGUGUGGAGGCAGCAGGAGCAUCCACGGGCGAAUUACAGCUGCAGUGGCGGCGGCCGGGGAAGGUGGAGGUGGUGACGGGGUGGGGCAAGCGCAGCCGGGUGCAGGGGGCGUCGCUGGUGAAGGCAGCGGUGGAGUCACUGCUGCUGAGGGACCUCACAGCGCCCUUCUCCCUCCACCGCUUCCACCCCGGCUCCUACGAGGUCCCCGGUGCUGACCUCGAGCAAUGGCUCCUCACGCCAGGUGUCGAGCAUUCUGCUGCUUCCCCUAGUGCCGCGUCCCCUGCUACCUCUUUCCCUCCUGCUGUUUCCCUCGUGCAAGUCAAAGCUGAAACUCAAAAGAGGGUGAGAAGCAGGCCAACAGCCAUGGCUGAAAUGGUGGCGCUGCUGCAGCAGCAGUGGACGAACCAGCAAGCAUGCAGUGGCGUCAACGCUGAUAGCAGAGGCACGAUGAGCAAGAGCAAGAGCCAGGACCAAGUAGAAUGUUCAGUGAGCAGGAACGGGGAAGAGGAGUUUAGAGACAGGCGCUACAACAACAGCCUGCAUAACGCACCCUUCCUGUCGGGCCACAACUCAGUGGGUCAGGUGACAGCCUACCACGUGACAGAGGUUCUUCGAACCUUAUCGGAUGCUGAUGCGGGGCUGGCGUUGUUCCGGUGGGCCAAAGACGUGCAGGGAGUGAAGCCGGACACAUAUGUGUACUCGAGCCUCUUUGGGCUGCUGGGCCGGGCGAGGGAAGCGGCGAAUCUGAAGGGUCUAUUGGAGGAGAUGGGGGAGGACGGGUGCGAGCACAAUGCCUUCAUUCUGAAGGCUCUCGCUGCUGCUUAUGCCCGUGCAGGGAGGUUUGAACAGGCCCUCGCCACUCUGGCUGAGAUGAAACAUCGGGGGAUUGACGAUGCCAUGGCGGUUUUUGACCGCAUGUGCCUCGCUGCUGUUGCUGCUGGUGCAGGUCAAGGGAGAGAAGGAGGAGGAGAAUUAGAACAAGCUCCCGACCUGAUCUCUUACACUUUGGCAGUGAGCCUCCUCAGCGAGGCAGGGCGGCUGUCUGAAGCAGAGGCCACGUUUGAGGCGAUGCUGGUGGCGGGGAUGCAGCCGGACGCUGUUGCAUGGGCCACCAUGGUGCUCGUGUGGGCCAGAGAGAGCAACUCUGAACGCGCUGCCAUGUGGUUCGAGCGCAUGGUGGUCGUGGGAUGCUGGCCCAAUGCGUCAGCUUACAACGCGCUGCUGCUUGCGUUUGUGAGCGCGGGGAUGUUUGACGAAGCAGAGGAGGUGCUUUCUGCAUUCAAGUAUGGGUGGGACCUGGUGGGGCAGGUGAGGGUGCUAGGAAAAGACCAUUCUGGUUCAGACGAAUGCACGCUCGCCCAACCCACACUCCCAGCAUUACCCUGGGUCAGUGGUGACAGUAACAGCCUCUGGUCAGGUCAAACACUAAACCGGACGGGAGGCAAGGCGCCCAAUUGGCUGGCUAGUGAACCUCCCAACCUGAUGACGUACGUGAUGUUGCUCAAUGUGUGCAUGGUUUCUACAGCUGGCAACGCUGUGGGUAGGUUGAUGCGGCUGUUGGAAGCCACAGAGCAUCCCGCCCACACCGUGCUCCAGCUGCUCAUGGAAAGCCUUGAGCCAUCUCGUGCAUUGUCCCACCUGUUUGUGGAGGAGUGCGGGAGUGAGGGAGGGAGUGAGUAUAGUAGCUGGGGAUCGGCCAAAGGGGAUGAUGUUGCGAAGGUGAUGGCGGCAGGUUUAUUAGAGGUGGAGUUGAGGGAAGUGGAGAUCAAUGAGCCGCCUGAUGCAUUGUUCCACCUGUUUGUGAAGGAGGCCCGGAGUGAGGGAGGGAGUGAAGGAGGAAGUAAGGGAGGGUGUGAGGAGAGUAGCUGUGGGAAGGACAAGAGGGAUGGUAUUGGUGAAUGUGUGUUGGACCUACAUGGUGUGUCAGCAGGCACGGCAGUGACAGUGACCCGAUGGGCUUUGGAGAAGAUGCGCCAGGCUGUGGUGGCCUCUGUUGCUGGUGCUUCAGGUGCUGUUAUUUCAUCGCCGGGAGUAGCAAGGGGAGCAGUAGCAAGGGGAGCUGAUUCCAUGCUAGCAGCAGCGGAUUUAGCGGAAAAAAUAGCGAAUGAUGAAGAGGGUGCUGCAUCAGGUAGAGGUGGUGACGGGGUGGGGCAAGCGCAGCCGGGUGCAGGGGGCGUCGCUGGUGAAGGCAGCGGUGGAGGCGCUGCUGCUGAGGGACCUCACAGCGCCCUUCUCCCUCCACCGCUUCCACCCCGGCUCCUACGAGGCCUCUGGUGCUAA